AUGGAGCACAAAGAACGCGAGCCGAAGAAACAGCAAGAUGAUAUUCAAUCGCCACCGCCGGGGAUGGAGGAGGAAGAAGAAGGCGAAGAUCACUAUGAAAUAGAGUCGCCACCACCGCAACAGGAGACCGAUUCGAUUCAGCAGUACCAAUUGGAAACGCAGAACAACCGCAACAUAUCUCACCCUCCCCCGCCUUCCCUUCUUCACUACUACUCCCCUUCCUCCACCCCUCCUCAACCGCCGCAUCAGCAUCAGCAGCAGGCGGCGGAGUCUCCUCCGCAGCUACGGCGAGCUCUGGAGGCGCCGUCCCCUGAGUCCCCGCCUAUCGCCCCUAUGCCGGUGGCUUCUGGGCCGUCCAAUGCCGCCCCAGAUGGAGGGGGAGGCGGUGCUCCUCCUCCUCCUCCUCCUGCUGUUGAUGGCGGUGGGAGGGCUACUGGGGGGAGAAGAUUGAGACCCAAUUUGUCGAUUAUGAGGAAGGCUAAGUUGGAGAACGUUAGGCGGGGAGCUCUCUUGGUUUCCAGGAUUUUGGGGUUUGUCUUCUGCUUGAUUUCCCUGGCUGUUUUGGCUGCUGAUAAGGAUCAAGGCUGGGCGCUCGAGUCUUUCUACCGCUACAAGGAGUUCAGGUAUUGCUUGACAGUGAACGUGGUGGGGUUUGUGUACUCAGGAGUCCAAGCAUUUGAUCUUGCUUACUCAAUGCUCACUAAAAGAGUUCAUAGCCCAACCGGGAACUGGCUCCGGGAUUGCUUCGAUUUCUCUCUGGACCAGGCAAGCUCCACUGUCCCUUUUGAUCAUAUUAAAUACAUAAUAGCAUAUCUUCUGCUGUCUGCAUCGACAUCAGCAGCGUUCAGAGUGGAGGACUGGGAAUCCAACUGGGGGAGUGACGAGUUCUCGGGCAUGGCACGAGCAUCUCUCAUCCUGUCGUUCCUAGCUUUUGUUGCCUUUGCAUCGAGCUCGAUUCUGUCUGGUUACACUCUCUUCACUUCACAUUCAUUGUAG